GCGUCAACAAGGAAGGCCGGCGCUUGCGACUCCUCGCUCCCGCCGUUGCCUCGACGUCAUGAAGGCCUCUCUUGCAGCGGCAUCACAUGCGACGCUGAAAGGCGUCGCGUGUACCCAGCGACGAUCUUCGCGAAACGCCUGGCGCCCGCCACCGGCCGUCGCCGCCACGAUCGUCUACGACGGUGUGAGCGAUGUCCACCGCGAUGCGAGCGACCCAUGGCGGCAGUGCGCUCUGCCCAUUUGCGUCCUUCUCUUUCUCUCAAGUGCGUGGCUCUGCAUCUACAGCCCCGACGCGCUGGCGCUGACCGGGCUCGCUCUGAGCUGCCUCGGUCUUUCGGCCAUCGCCUCUGCCCGCCAGCUCGAUGGCACGUCCAAGCUCGCGCUCGACAUGCGCGAGAUCGUCGUCGUUCAGAACCCGACGUCGCCUGCGUGGACAUUGAAGCAAACCGAGCGUCUAUUGGACUCGGACGACGAGGUCGUCGAUGUUGGCCGCCGGUCGUACUCGAUGCAGUCGACGCUCGACUCGGAGUGCGACUCGGAGUGCGACGACGAUCUGCGGCACUCGAUUGCAUCGACCGUCGCAGUCGAAGACGACGAAGACGACACCGAGGACGACCUAUCGGACAUAGAGUUGUUUGACGUCGCGCCACCGUAUGUCCCGUCCCCUGUCCCCCUUGCCUCCACGCCCAUCAUCCGUCCGCCCCGCCCCCCGACCGUGGCGCUGAAACGGAAGCUCGUUUCAGUAGCUGCCUCGUCACCGACGACCAAGUACCGCGCUGUGAGCUGUGCUAAGCCUCGCGCAUUUGGCGGCCGAAAGCUUCUUACGCCCGCCCUGCAACGCAUGCUCGACGAAGUUGAAGCGAUGCAAGACGAGAGUGACCGGCUCAUGGCCGAAAUGGCGCACCUUGGUGUGCACGGCCCAUGCAGCAUGAACGACCGUCUCCGGCGCUGGUCUCUGCGCUCGGCGAGCCCGACCCCGCCCUUGUAAAUCAUUCUUCUAUCCUUAACUUGAAACCCUAAACACGUGAAUUUGCUGUUAUUCUA